CUGGGGCGAAAAAAAAAAAUUGGCUAUGUCAUUAUACUCGUACAAUAUUCGUUAAACCUUUCAUAUGAGACGACUGGUCAAGGAAUAACAGUAAAGGCUUAUAAGCUGUCCGAAGUGGAGGAGCAGAUUUUCGAUCCGAGCGUGCAAGUGGUUUCGAUCGAUGAAGGGCAGUUCUUCAGCGAUUGUGCCGAAACAUGUGACAAAUUAGCCUGUAUGGGGAAAGUGGUAUACGUAGCAGCUCUGAGCGGUACCUUUGAAAGAAAGCCAUUUCCUCAAGUGUCUUUACUUCUGCCAUACGCCGAUGAAAUCAAGCAGGUCGUCGCCGUAUGUGUAGGAUGUGGUUCGGAUGCCAGUUACUCGUUCCGGAAUACCCUAGACAAAAAGGUGGAAGUAAUCGGUGGGGAGGAUACGUAUCGAGCAUUAUGUCGCUCAUGCUAUAUUGAGGAGUCCUGCCGACGUGAAGAAGAGGCUACAGAAGUGACUGUAAGUGAGAACCAGCCUGCUGCCACUGAAACACUUAAGGAAAAUGCAAUUCUAGGUCUUGUUGCAUCAGAGAAACGAUCAAAGUCCACAUUGACUUACUCAACAUCGGUAGGCAAAAGCAGUACGGCCAUUGCAAAACGCUAG